AGCAGUUGGAAGUUGGCAGGUGGAGAGGCAGGUUGGGAGGGAAGUGGGGAGGAGGCGGAAGAGGAGCUGUCUGAGGGGAGGAGGGAGGAGGCAGAGGACUGAGCGGAGCAAGCGUCGAGCCGGGGGAUAUGAGUUUGUCUGUCCGCAGCUGAGGCUCCGGCCGGGCCUAAGGAUCUGGGCGCGCGGGUUGGAGCGACAUCCGUGGAAGUGGGAGGAGGAGGCGCCGGGACUUUAACUCCUUGUGCGCGCUGCGGCGGGGAGUUAACCCUUUGUGGGCUCGGCCCUCGGUGCGGCGUCAUCGGUGGCGUUAACCCUUUCGGGGCCAGGUCCCGCCGUCCGUCCGACCGACCUAGCCUCCUGCCGCCGCCACCUCGGAGAGCCCGGCGUGACGCCCACACCCACGCCCGCGAGCUUCCCGGCGCUGCCUGGCUCCGCGCCGCCUAACCCCUUCCCGGCGGGAGCGCCCAGGGCGCAGCCGGAGUUGGCAGGCGGAGGACUCUGCGGGACGCUGUGUGGAAGGACAGGACGAGCUUUUGCCCCGUAGCACCUGGGCCCGCGCGCGCCCGCUACUCGAGGAGACGCCGCCGGCCAUGGCCGAGCCGCUGCCGUCGGAGCUGCCGCCCGCGGGCGAGCCCGGCGCAGGUGCGAGCGACCCUGGCCCCGCGCGGGCCCCCGCCGCCGACGCGGGCGCGUCCGAGGGCGACGGCAGGUGGCGCUCGCGGGCCUCACCCCCGGGGGGCAUGGGCAGCCCGGCGCCCCUGCAGGACCCUGGUGACGGCGACGGCGGCGGGGCAGCGGGCCCAGGUGGGGAUGGCGAGCCCAGCCCCGCGCCCCCCGGCCCGGACGCUGAGGCCCCCAGGACAGCGUGGGGCCCACAGCCGCGGCAGCUGGGCAAGAAGAAGCACCGGCGGCGGCCGUCCAAGAAGAAGCGGCACUGGAAGCCUUACUACAAGCUGAGCUGGGAGGAGAAGCGCAAGUUCGACGAGCGGCAGAGCCUGCGCGCCUCCCGCGUGCGGGCCGAGAUGUUUGCCAAGGGCCAGCCCGUGGCGCCCUACAACACCACGCAGUUUCUCAUGGACGACCACGACCAGGAGGAGCCCGACCUCAAGACCGGCCUGUGCCCGCGCCGCGCCGCUAAGUCCGACAGCAGCGACGAGGACUUCCUAGAGGAGGCUGGCGAGGAGGACGGCGGCAGCGACGGCAUGGGCGGCGACGGCGGCGAGUUCCUGCAACGGGACUUCUCGGAGACGUACGAGCGCUACCACGCGGAGAGCUUGCAGAACAUGAGCAAGCAGGAGCUCAUCCGCGAAUACCUGGAGCUGGAGAAGUGCCUGUCGCGCAUGGAGGACGAGAACAACCGGCUGAGGCUGGAGAGCCGGCGGCCGGGCGGCGACGAGGCGCGCGUGCGGGAGCUGGAGCUGGAGCUGGACCGGCUGCGCGCUGAGAACCUGAGGCUGCUGCGCCAGAGCGAGCGGCCCCGCGCGCCCGAGCAGGACUAGGGCGCCUCGGAGGGGACCUGGCGCGGCGGGCUGGCCGGCCGACCUCGCGGUGAUGUCGCUUGCGUGCUUUCUCCUUAAUUAUGUGAAACUGAAGGGUUACUUCUCCUGUUUUCUUUUUAGGAAGUAUUUUUUUUUAAUAGUGUAAUUUGACCAAGUUAGAAUGCAUUUUUCUGUUUUAAAAAAUCCCCUCCUUAAACGGAGCUAUAAAGUGGCCAAAUCUGAGAACCAUUAAAUUCAUUCUAGUUGUAAUAAAUUUAAUAUUUGUAAAUGUAA